AUGCUGCAACCAACCAACGCAGCAGCACUAAAGGCUAAUUGGACACCCUCUCAGAGAGUGAAGUGUGUGGUUGAAGCGCAGACUAAUGUACCAUUUAGAUCACAAAUGAACGGUCUAGGAAAUAAGAAAAACAUUUUACCCAUUGCGCCUAUUUCCCUGGCUCGAUAUCGCCAAGCUGCAAUGUUGUUGACAGGUCUCUUCUGCCUUUUAGGCAAGCCAAUCCAAUGCUGGAUCCCACAAGAGUUCACUCGCGGUUGGGAAGAGUAUGCGGAGAACUACUGCUGGGUGUCGAACACGUACUAUGCCCCGGUGCGCGGAGCUCUGCCACAUGUUCCCAACCGCGAGCUCCUCCUCAUCGGCUACUACCAGUGGGCUCCCAUCGUGAUGGCCAUCCAGGCCUUGCUCUUCUACCUGCCCUGCCUAGUCUGGCGUCUCUUCAUGGCCCAUUCCGGCUUCAACGUACGUCGCAUCCUUCAGAUGGCCUGCGACUCCAACGUCCUCCUGCCCGAGCACACGCUCAAGAAUGUCCGUUUCAUCGCUCGCUACAUGGAGGGCUGUAUCUACCGGCAACGCGACUAUCGCAAACAAGCCGCUCUCGCGGCUUCCGCACUCACGGCCGGUGGCUACACCGGCGCCACCGCAAGCAUGUACGGAGCAGCUGGUCUCGGCGCCGCCGGUACCAAUUGCUCCGGUGCCACGUACGCCAGAGGCCAGCUAAUGGCCGCCAGCAAUGCACACUCACAUGCCCACCUACAUUCACACACACACACGCAUGCACACACACAUGCACAUCCUCCUCCUCCGCCGCCUCCCCUGCUUUCAGGCGCCCAGAACAGCCAGCACCCGCAUCAUCACCACCAUCCGGCAAACAUGGUACACGGCGUUCACUACCAUCAGCAGGCCCCUCCGAUUCCCCACCACCCGCAACAACCGCAACAGCAACAGCAGCAACAGCACCAUCACAACAGCAACCCAUACAACCCAUACAACCUGUUGCCACCACCACCGCCGCCACCGCCACCUCCGCCCCCGACGCAUCCUCCGCCGCCACAAUAUUCCACCACAACCGCGGCAGGAGGCUCGUGU